CACAGGCAGGUCGACAGCGGCGCUAUUGUCAGUUUGACCAUAGAUUCUCAAAAUGGACACAGAUUAUGCAGCACAAACCUCACAAUAGAAAGCGAGUUCCUGCACUUCGGUACCGCGACCCGCCACAGCGAAGAUGUUCCCCUACCUGGCCCACAGGCCAUGGCAUGUCUUCUGCAGGGUCUCCUUGCAGCACCGGGCGCCCCUGUCGCAGCGGUGCCCGAGGUUCACCCCGCUGUGCUCCGGUUGGCAGAGUGCAGGCAUGCAGAACGUGUGGUUCAGCCUUCCAGGCUGCCGUGUUGCUUCUCUCGGGCUGGGAAAGGUGCAAUACUACUCUACCUCUGGCAACAGCGGCGAUGGUCUCCCAAAGCCAGCAUCCGGGGAGGCUCCAUCAGCGGAGAGCGUCCUGUCUGCUGCUGUAAAAGCCACCCCAGCUCCAUCAGAUCCAAAACUUCAGGGGCUGACAAAAACGGAGACAAUUCAAGUCAAAGUUCGGGCAGUCCUGAAGAAAAGGGAAUAUGGAGCCAAGUACACGCAGAACAACUUCAUCACAGCCGUCAGAGCCAUGAAUGAGUUCUGCCUCAAACCAAAUGAUCUGGUACAGCUUCGAAAGAUCAGAAGACGCAGCCCCCACGACGACACGGAGGCGUUCACUGUCUUUCUGCGAUCAGACGUGGAAGCCAAAGCACUGGAGUUAUGGGGAAGCCAAGAGGCUCUAACCCGAGAGAGAAGUCUCAGGAAAGAAGAGGAUAACGAAUACCAAGAGAAUAUUUUUCAGAAUAAACAGUUGUUGAAGGAAUACAAAGACUUUUGGGGAAACACUAAGCCUCGAUCAGGUCUGAGGGCAAUAUUCCUAGAGGGGUCAGGGAAGGUGGUGAUGGUCGCUAUUUGCAUCAAUGGGUUGAAUUUCUUCUUCAAGCUCCUGGCGUGGGUCUACACUGGAUCGUCGAGCAUGUUCUCAGAGGCCAUCCACUCUCUGGCCGACACCUGCAACCAGGCUCUCCUCGCCCUGGGAAUCAGCCAGUCUGUCCGCAACCCGGACGCUGGCCACCCGUAUGGCUUCACCAACAUGCGCUACAUCGCCUCCCUCAUCAGUGGAGUGGGCAUUUUCAUGAUGGGAGCAGGUCUCUCCUGGUACCAUGGCAUCAUGGGAUUGCUGCACCCAGAGCCCAUGGAAUCUUUGUUAUGGGCUUACUUUAUUUUGGCGGGCUCGCUGGUGUCUGAAGGAGCCACGUUACUCGUAGCUGUCAAUGAGAUAAAGAGGAGCGCCCAACUACAUGGAGUGUCUUUUUAUGAAUAUGUAAUGCAGAGUCGAGACCCCAGUACUAACGUCGUGCUGCUGGAGGACACAGCUGCUGUGUUUGGAGUCAUCAUAGCUGCGAGCUGCAUGGGGCUCACCUCGCUCACAGGUAACCCUUGCUACGACAGCCUGGGCUCUCUCGGCGUGGGCACGCUGCUGGGCGUCGUCUCGACCUUCCUCAUCUACACCAACACAGAGGCUCUGCUGGGCCGCUCCAUCCAGCCGGAUCGCGUUCAGAAGAUCACCGAGUUCCUGGAGAACGACCCUGCAGUGAGAGCCAUCCACGACGUGAAGGCCACUGAUCUGGGACUGAGCAAAGUGCGCUUCAAGGCUGAAGUUGACUUCGAUGGCCGAGUGGUGACACGGUCUUACCUGGAAAAACUAGACAUUGACCAAAUCCUCAGUGAAAUUCAGCUGGUGAAGACCCCCGAGGAGCUGGAGAGCUUCAUGCUGAAACACGGGGAGAACAUCAUCGACACUCUGGGGGUCGAGGUGGACCGCUUGGAGAAAGAACUCAAGCAAAGUAACCCGGAGGUCCGUCAUGUAGACUUGGAGAUCCUAUAGUGGCCCACGGGUCUCCGCUGAGGGAACGUCCUGCAAAGAGAAGACGGAAGGAGCGCCUCGCCUGCCUCUGCUACCAGUCUCCCCACCUGACCCCCCCCCCCCCCCCCCCACAAAAGAAACCUCCGCCUCUGCACAACUCCUCAAGUCUUACUGUAGAACGGGCCACAACCGUAGCGGAGGACAGUGUUCGGGCAAUGAUCCGGGAUCUUUUGUUUGAACUGCAGUUAGCCGACAAUUCGACCCGCCAGAGAUCCACUUUCACAUUCAAGAGAGUUUCUCACUGAAGACUCACGACUGUCAUUAGCCGCCUGAAUCUGUAAGAGAAAUGUCAAUCUCUGGUCACAGUUUAGUCUUCCGGUCAUUUUGAACUCACAUUCCUGCAUGAAUGUGUUUUGGGUCCGGCUGUUCCAAAAACAAAAUGCCCAAAGAGGACCAGUACCAUUUACUAGACAUGUACUUUAACGUGAUGCUUUCCUCAUCUAGUACGAAGGAACCCGGAGCGCGACAUAUUCAAACCAGAUUGGACUUCUAGAGAAAGUAGAUGUUUUGUUGUUCUUCUUUUAAUGUAUAAACUGAGGAGCCGCUGCGAGGGCCUCUUUUAUACCACAGCUUGUGAUGAAUAUAUUUAAUUUUUUAUUGCAGGGUUAAAAAAGCGAAAUAAAUUAAAAAAUAUUAUUCAGACUUUAUUUGAUUUGUAUGCUGGAGUUGAAGAGUGAACGAAGGUUGAAUACAGUUAUCCAACAUGUGCUUAUGCAAAAAAUAGAUAAUAGACAAGGGGGGGGGGGUUGUCAUUUAAAAUCAGUAUAUCCCCGCGAUAUUAUGAAGAUAACUUUAAAGUCUAACUAACGAGUGUAAUAAAUAACCAUGUUGCUCUUUAUGCAAAGUGGCAUCCCAAUCUUUCUCUCUGGCGGCUUCACACUUUGAAACGUUGAUGUUCUCCAGAUGUAGUAACUUUGUCUCGUGAGGUUUUGGCAGCUGAUCAGCAGGCGACCGGUGAUCCAAAGAGGGAGUGCCCGAUGUAAAUAAGUGGUCCAUGAUGGCGAGUGGACCCGCCCAAGUCUCAACGAGGUUUUUAAGCAUUUCGGAUGUCGGCCUGUACAGUCUGUGUAACGAAUGAUCAAGUGAAUCCUCUCCUGCUGUAUAUUCGGUGUCUGCGCCUCUUGGUUUUCAUUCUGCAUUUCCUUCAGUGAGCCACAGCCUGCUAAUCCUGCUACUCUGCUUCAGGAGGAGGGGGUGGAGUCAUUUGGGAGGUUGGGUAUAUAUUUGUGACGGUGUUAAUAAUGUAAUACUAUUUCCCACCGUCGGUUGUAACGAUGUUGCCGCUGCUGAAGGAGUUGGAAUACAUUUGAAAAUAAUUUAUUAAAUAUUUUUUCUUUCCUC